GGGGACCAAAAGGAAAAAAGUAAAACUUCAGGGUCCAAAAGAAUUGAAACUUCCCGCGUACAUUCUUAUCCACCUAACGGCAACGUCUCCGAGGCGCUCCGCCCGCAGUCUCCCAGAAAGAGGAAAAGAAGCUGUCCCUCUCCCUUAUUCUCUCUCAGGACUUUCCACAAACACCAUGAGCUCUAAGUCCCGAGCUGGCAAAGCCCAGAACGAGCCGUUCUGGGCAUUGAAGACGACGGCCGGGAGGCGGAGGAAGAAUGGUAAGGAGCAUUUCCCCAUCGUCGAGUACCUCCGGGAGAAGCAUCAGCAGCUCGCGGAGCUCGUGGCUGGACCUGGCGCCGGAGCCGGGGUGGGAUGCGGCGCGGGAUUCGGCCUCGGCAUUGCCGGUGGGCUCGGGCUGGGCGAAUGGCCUUGGGAAGACCAGCUGAAGGUAGUUUUCGGGGUCGGGAUUGGGUGCGGGCUUGGCGUCGGGGUUGGGUAUGGGAUCGGGAUCGGAUACGGGUUAAGUGUUCAAUCUCUGUCCAGCAAAAAACCGGUUUCCGACGUAGGGAUAUUAAACCUGUGAGUGGAAUCGUAGUUUUCGGCGAUUUUGAUUUCAUUUUCCGUUUUCUGUUAUCCUAUUUUCCCUUUUUUGUACUGUCUGAAUUUUUGGCCACAUUUUUUACUCCAUUUCUUGCAAUUAUCAUGUGCGGAUUCGGUGAUCU